AUGGACCAGGUUGGGGGAGGGAAAACCCCAGAAAAGUUGUUUUCGAGAGUUGCAGAGAGAGGAAUGAAAGCAGAAAAAUGCCAGGAUGCUCAAGUUCAGGCUGAGGGGGCUGGAUGGAGAAACACUGUUUCUCCGAUUGAAAAGAGAAGUUGUGUAUCCACAGGGAGACAGAGUGUUAAAGCUGCUCAUAAGACUGUGAGCUGUUCUUCUACACACUCCGUCCAAACUGAACCUCCAACCCCAGAGCCUGAACCCUCUGUCGCUAAAAAUGUCAAUAUCUCAUUGCAAUCCCAAAGCAUCGCAGUUGAUAAACAUUUUAGCUCCACUCCUUCCUCACAUAUUUCCUGUGUGCACAGUGGAGCGCAAAGUGAUGGAGGGUUUGCAUUCCACCAAUCCACUGGAAGAGUAACAAAUCCCACUCCAACUUCAUCCAGCAACGUGAUGGCAUUCUCUUUUUCUCUUAAUGAUGACUCAACACCUCAGGAAGACAGAGCCUACCAGCAGUCAUCUAACAUUGCGGACAGCAUACAGGUGUUGGCUAAAGAAGGGACUGGACUGAAGGUUAGAAAAACAAAUGUCAAAACAUCUAUCAAUAGGGAAAAUACAAAGCAACCAAGCAACAGAAAUGAGAUGCAAGGAGAGGAAAAAGGAAACUCGACAGAGAUACGGCAUGCACAUGCAAAUGUUGGGAUAAAGAGCCUGGCCAAGUUGAGACGGAUGCAGCAGAUGAUGGAGACGCAGACCACGCAGAUUUCUAUCAAGGUGAAGCUGAGGAGGCAGACAAAUGGAGAAGUGUGGGAGGUUGUGAGCAUGCAAAACACAGAUGAGGCGUUGUCAGUUCUUACCUCCCUGACACGGGAUGGCUCCAGCCACCAAAGGCUGCAGACAGAACUUACAAAGAGUGAGCCUCCUCCAUCCUGUGUCCAGCCAGGCCCAACUCAUAAACCAGAGACCCCGACUAUUCAACCUGCUCCCACCAACUCCCCCGCUGACUCCCAGCUUCUCUCCAGUGACUGCCUAGAUAACGGCCUUGAGUCAGUCCCGCUGCCCCAGCCUCCAGGCCCUGCGGAGGAGUGUGAUGAGCAGAUAGAGAAGCUGUUGGAGGACAUCAUGAUGGGUCUGAACAUCCUGCCAAACUUGGACAGAGACUGCAAACAGUCUUCAUUAAUUCUUCAACCAAACCAGUGA